CCCAAAACAAGACACGUGAAGCUGGGCUCCGUUGGACAGUGAAAUCAUGGCAGCGUUACCUUUGCACGCUAACUGGAAAAAGACACGAGGACCGGGGCCUUCCAGAGAUCUGGCUCCUUCAUCAUCUCCAGAGUCAUCGCUGACAUGGUGCCUGUCUCAUAUAUUCAAACCCAGGCCAGCUGCUGCGGACCGGGGGAAUGGACCAGGAGACUCGGGUAGCGGGAGAGAAAUGGACAAGAGGACCAAAGCUGCUCAGUGGCGAGCCCUGGUGGCCAUCAGGACACAGCAUAUCAAGGCGGGUGGUGCUGGGAUUGCCCGAUUCAGAUCUCAGGGGGGGCUUCGGCCCCUCCUGGACCUGCUGAAACACCAUGAUUGCUCCAGGAAGAUCCUAGACCUGGCUCUCAGCAUCCUGGCUAAUUGCUGCACUGAGUUAGAGACACGUGUCGAGGUUGGUAAGCUCGACGGAAUAACUAUUGUGGUGGACAUCCUAAAGAGGAAUGUAGCCAUUGAGACAGUCCAGAACAGAGCAACCCGUGCUUUGGGGAACUUGGCCAUGGAUCCAGAGAAUUCAGCUCUAAUCCACUCUACUGGAGGUGUUCCUCUCCUCCUCCUGUGUGUCUCCCUCUCUUCCGCCCCCUCCUCCCCUACUGCCACUGGGACCAAAGCCCCCUGUCCUAAAUUGGAGUGUGCUCAGUCGGCAGCCCGUGCCCUCCUUUACCUCUCAGAUACACCCUCCAACCGCCUGUCGCUGCUCACUCAAGGCACAUUCUCUGCUCUCGCUCCACUCAUCGCACCCGAAUACCCGCAGGGGCUGAGGCGGGCAGCUCUCCGUACCCUCCACGAGCUCACCCGGGGCUGUGGGGUAGAAUGUGCUCGAGAGGUCUCACGCUCAGGGGUUCUCGCUCAGCUAGGUGUCAUGGUGUCAGGGGAGUCUGGCAAACCUUUUGAAGAGUUGGCGCUGAAAACCCUGGCCAAUGUGUGCACUCACGGCUGCCUGCGUCCUCUUGUGGGGUCAUUGGGGGUCAUCGAAAAGUUUACGAAUGAGGUCAAAAGAGACCCCCUGAGGUCGGGGGUGUUCCUCAAGGCUCUGUGCUUGUGCUGCAAAGAAGCAGUGAACCGUGCCAAAGUAAAGGAGAAUGGUGGGUUAGAGGUGCUGAUCGCCUUCUUGGCUGCCCAUCAGAGUCAUCCCCUGUCCCGAUUGGCAGUAAUGGCCUGUGUUGACUUUGUUUAUGAUGAAUCAGCCCUGGAGCAGCUGCAGGAAUUAGGGUUGGUUCCACUGCUCGUUGCCCGAUUGGUUGAACUUGCCAAAGGGGAGGAGCCAUCUGCUGACAGGAUAGACGUGAAUGCCACCUCCAGCAAUUCUCCCACAGAGCUCAUGCCCUCAUCCUGCUUUGAUUCCUUUGACUUUCCACCCCCAGAGGGAAGUAGGAAAGAUGAGGCGUGUAAGGAACAAUGUCCUGGGUCAUCCAGCUUUCUAAGUCUCAGGUCCUGGCUUGUGUCUGAGGGACUCAUUGCAUCUGAGGGUGACUUGUUGGAUUCUACGGGAAGUGCUGAAGGGGACUGGGGGAGUCUUCAGAUCCCACCCUCUUCAUCUCUUCAGUCCCCCACCCGAAACUCAGAUUCUCAUUCCUCUCUGAAAAGCUCCCUUGUUUCCCACCCCGUUUGCUCUUCCACUUCUAAACAAGUGCUUCAACCAACCCCUCCCUCAUCUACCUCCAUCCCAUGGCCUCCCAGUGUGUCUACUCCACAAAAUGAACUGUCCCCGACUAAAAAGCCUCAGAAACCUGUUUCCCCUUCUAUGCUGUCUUCCGCUCAAAGGAAAAGGCCACGGGUUCACCCAAUAGCUCAUUUGAAUAAGGUCCCUCUCGAGACCCCUCCUUCAGUGCCCCGACCACAGGUGUUCCACCACCCCUACCACCCGGAGCCCUGGGCCCCUGAAUCUCCUAUCCUUCUGCUACUGUCCCGCUUUUCCCACACUACUGAUCCUAGCAUGGCACUGGUUAACUCGGGCAUCAUCUCUGGCCUGCUGUUCUACCUAAUACAGCACCAGGACCCCAGUGUCAGAUGCUUCCGUAUCCUGUGCCGUCUGAGCUGUAACCCAAACUGUCUGCAGGCACUGGUCCGGACUGGCUCAGUGGCACUGAUUCACCACCAUCUGUGCCAGGGGGAGGGACAGAAGGAGAGAGGAGGGCGACAGACUAACCGUGUAAAAACCAAAGUGAAACAGCUUGGUCAUGCUCUUCUCAACAACCUGCGUGUUCAGUGUGAGUCUGGCUUUGGCUCUGGGGUUCUGGCGCAUGUGAUGCUAUCUGGGUCUGAGUCAGACAAGAUGAGCUGUGCAUUGUCACUGCCACUUAUCACCAGCAACAAAGCGCUUUUGAAAAAACUGCUUCUUGACAAUGGUGGGUUGCUCUUGGCUCUUCAUCCCCUGGGUUGUGAUGAGGACAUCAGUGAGGAGGACCACAACCUCCAUUCCCUCUACUUCUCUCUUCUAAUUGGAUGCCUUUCUAGUUUAAUUGGUGGUGUCAAAGUGGAGCUUGACAAAAAACACCUCAGUCUUGUUAAAACUCUGUUAGUCGAGGAAACCCGUGACAGUUUGCCACCUCCUCUGAAAAAGCCUCGCCUAGUUCAUCAUUGUCCUUACCACGACUCAACCUUUGACCUCCUCUUCCUGCUGGAUGAUGGAACCCAGGUGUCAGCCAACAGAGAGGCUGUGGCUGGGGUGGAGGGGACAGACAGGGCCGGCUCUGACUACUUUAGAGCUCUAUUGAGGGGUAGUUUUGAAGAGGCCCUGGAGAGUACAAGAAGACCCAUCCCCAUUAAAGAUGUUAGCAGAGGUAUGCUGAUACCAGUGCUGCACUACUUGCAUGGCUGUCGCCUCAUCAAGGAUACAGACAACAUUAGGGAACAGGUCGGGAAGACAGGAUUAGGGGUAAGAGGCCAGUGCAAGGUCCUGGGAUCACUGACCCUGGAGGGACUGGGUUUGCAUCAGGAGGAAACAGAGGAUUACCUUAGGGAGGAAUGUGCUUUCCAGAAUACUCCAUUGGGGGAAAUGAUGAUCGGAGCAUGUAGGUUUCUAGUGACAGAAUUACAGCAACAGGUGGAAGAUAUGUGUGUGUCACUCCUCCUGUCUUACUCUACUCGGGCUGCUAUUCUUGCUGCAUCUCUCACCAUAGAGGACAAUGGGGAAAGGGCUGUAUCUAAGCUGGACCAAGAAUGCCUAGUCUCGGAGUCUGUCGAUGAAGGCCUGGCUAACCGUACAUCUGGGCUAGAGUUGAGUGGGUUUGAGGCACAGGCAGAAUAUUUAUCAGGACAGACAGAGAAACCAAACAGUUCCUUUUCAAACAUCCCACACCAGACAGACAGUAAAAAGCCCUCCACCUCUGAACAAGUUCGAAAGGUCAACAGGGAACUUCAAACAACUUCAGACCUGGAGACAAUCCCAAUUCUAAAUCCGAUUUCCAAAUCAAGCUGUACGUCAGUCAUUGACAAAUCAGUGCACUCUGAAGAGUCUGGGUUAAGACCAAAGAAAAAUAUGAAAAGUCCAGGAUACAUUUUGAAAACCGCUGCUCAGGACUCUCCCUCCUCUACGGAGGUUGCUCCUGGAGGUCGAGCCCUGGGUGCUCUCCUCCCCCAGGUCUACUGGUUCUCCCAGCGAUACAGCUAUCCAGGGCUGGCCAAAGCCUGUCUGUCCCUCCUACUGGGUGGUCUGGAGUCUCCUCGGCCCCUCUUCACCCUCUCCUCUGCCGGGGACUGCCUGCGCAGGCUAGCACGAGAGGCGGACUGUAUGGAGACUCUGAAGCAGGAUCUGUUGAGUCUGGCUACAGUGUCUCUUAGCUGAGGGGGACUGAAACAUGGGGAGAGAUUGGUGACAUGUAGUUAAGAGGACACAGACCUGUGUGGGCUUUAGAUUGGAAGAGUUAAAAAUGGCAGCAAGAGAAGUUGUCAUGGUGAUAAUCAUAAGUGUCUCGGAAUAAUAAAAAGACGAGUUCUUAUAUGAUUAGCUGGAAAGAUGCUGUGUGUCUUUUUUUUUUCAUUGUUUACAGAAUUGACUCGGCUUGAUUUAUUUUCAUACUUUGGAAGUGAAGAUUUAUAUUUAGUCUAGCUUCCGUGUAAAUUGAUAUACUGUGGUGUAGCUGCCUUGAUCAAGCAUUAUGAAGCAAUGUACAGUUAGUUUGUAUUAUAAUUCAACAUUAUUUGCUUAAUGGACAUUAACCGCAUCUUCAUUGGGAUCCCCCCCAUAUAUAAGCCAAUGGCCUCAUUGCAUUUAAUAAAUGUAAGCUGUAAAACUGAAUGAAUUAGAAAUAUCAGGGUUGGUCUUUGUGCCAUUUGUGUAUUCUGUAUAUAGAGAUUGGGAUAGCAGACAUGAAUUCCAACUGUCCCAUGUUAUGUUCCUGAAUAAAUAUGUUUAA